AUGGCUCGGUUGGCCGAAUCCCCCGCGCCGCCAAACGGCACUCAGUCGGUCAAGAAACCCCAGACAGCGAAGAACGGCGCCUUCAACACCUUCCUAUCGUCACCCGCCAAACCCUCCGGCUCGCAGUCAGCGCACCCGAACAAGCGCAUCAAGAGUCUCGCACCAACCGGAACUCCCCGUUCGGAUGUUUCGCGAUCCCGUUCGCCACCUUCGCAACUUCCGUCCCCGCACCUCCCUGUGAGCCCUUCCACUCGGAAGGGUUUGAGCGAUACCGCCGGCGACGAGGUGGAGACCGCCGACCGUAGCACUCCCGCCGAUACCGUCUCUGCCGCCGCUCCUGUCGAGACCGCAGAGCCAAACUCGUCCACUGCGCCUGUUACAACCAUGGAAGCUGCCCCCGAUGCCGAAGCCUCCGGGUCUACCCCAGAACCCAGUGCGCCGCGGGCUGGCGUUGUGUCCUCCGUUCGCAAGACAUUCUCCAAUGUAGUCAACAAUAUAACCGGACAACGCACUGGCACGACGACCCUCACAGCAACCUUUGAACAGACUAUUGUGAGCCGCAAGCGUAGCAGAGAGCCCGAUGGCGAGGAAAGCCCUGCUCCUGCUGAAAAAGAGGCCGAAAAAGAAAUUGAGGCUGCCAACGGCACUGACGGCAACGACACUACUAUCCAGCUCGGAAACCAAUUCGAAGCCGAGGUUGAGGCCGAGGAGAUUCGUGCAAAGAGCCCCGUCAAGGAGGCAGUGCAAGGUACGCCACAUGUCGGUUUGACGAGAAAUCAACGCUCACCUGUUUUAGUGGCUUCCCCUGCUACAGAGGAUGCUGAAAUCAACGUUGCCACUUCCACUGAUAAUGCGGACACCGUCGAGGCUGCUCCUACCGAAGAUGUCAUCCUCAAUGCCACGAAUGACGAGGAUGUGGAGAUGGACGACCCCAAGAACGGCAUCUUCGUGUUUGAUAAGAUCCUGGGACAUCGCCGCGACCCCAAUGACAAGACCCUCUUCCAAAUGCACAUCAGCUGGAAGCAUGACGAUCCCACGUGGGAAACUGAACAAACUAUUCACGAGGAUGCCGAGGAGUCACUUUUUGCCUACUGGGACAGCCUCAAGGGCGGCAGGCUAGGUGCCAUGGCCGACAAGAACCUCUGGCACGCUCUAAGGGUUGAGAAGCACAGGCAGAAGCCUUCCGGUGCAGUCCAGCUCUACGUUUGCUGGAUUGGAUCACCUGAACGAUCAUGGGAGCCUGAGAGCCAAGUUGAAGUAUAUGCUCGCCAACAUAUCGAGAACUAUUGGAAAUCCAAAGGUGGACGCGAGAAAAUCAUAAAGGCUGUCGCUGUGCCUAUUAAGAGAGGCCGCGGCCGCCCCCGCAGGACUACCGCCCCAGAGUCAGAUGUCGAGGUUGAGGUCUCGAAAGAAGCUUCCAAGGAGCCCAAGCCGAAAAGUAGACCGGGACGGAAGCAGAAGCGUGACGAGGCCGAGGAGCCGCAGCCUGAGAAGGCUGAAGGAGCACCUUCUGCGGUAGACAAGCCCAAGCCUGCUGCCAAGGAGCAGGCCGAGGCAGAUGAAGAGCCCCCCAAGAAGCGCGGUCGCGGCCGUCCCCGCAAAUCUCUUGUAUGA